UGAGUGUCGGACUCUUGACGUGGCACCGACUCCAUGUUGAGCUGGAUACGUCAUCAGCUCGGGAGCUCGCUCGAGCCGUGCGCGCGCUGUCACUUGAGUCUCUGAGGAGACACUAAUCAAGGCUUCAGAUUCCAGAGGGUGCUAUGGCGACCUUCCAGGAGUUCAUCCAGCAGAACGAGGACCGUGAUGGCGUCCGUUUCAGUUGGAACGUUUGGCCGUCCAGUCGUCUGGAAGCCACGCGUAUGGUGGUUCCUGUGGCCUCCCUGUUCACCCCGCUGAAGGAGCGGCCGGAUCUUCCCCCAAUUCAGUACGAGCCGGUGCUGUGCAGCCGGGCCACGUGCCGAGCUGUGCUCAAUCCUCUGUGUCAAGUGGAUUACAGAGCAAAACUCUGGGCUUGCAACUUCUGUUAUCAGAGAAAUCAGUUCCCACCAACUUACGCUGGAAUAUCCGAGGUCAACCAACCUGCUGAGCUUCUUCCACAGUUCUCCACUAUUGAAUAUGUUGUCCAGCGUGGUCCGCAGAUGCCCCUGAACUUCCUGUAUGUGGUGGACACAUGCAUGGAAGAUGAUGAUCUGCAGGCGCUGAAGGUCCUUCAGAUGUCCCUCAGCCUGUUGCCUCCCACUGCUCUGGUGGGCCUCAUUACGUUUGGACGCAUGGUCCAGGUUCACGAGCUGGGCUGUGAAGGCAUCUCUAAGAGCUACGUCUUCAGAGGCACCAAAGACCUCAGUGCUAAACAGCUUCAGGAGAUGCUUGGGUUAUCUAAACCCGCUGCAGCACAGGCAGGCAGAGGGCCACAACAGCCUCAGGUUCCUCCUUCAAACAGGUUUCUGCAGCCAGUACAGAAGAUAGAUAUGAAUCUGACAGAUUUGCUGGGAGAGCUGCAGAGAGACCCCUGGCCUGUGACUCAAGGAAAACGACCACUGAGAUCACUUGGAGUGGCUCUUUCCAUUGCUGUUGGUCUGUUAGAGUGCACUUUCCCUAACACUGGCGCUCGCAUCAUGGCUUUCAUCGGUGGGCCCGCCACUCAGGGUCCGGGUAUGGUGGUAGGAGAUGAACUGAAAACGCCUAUUAGAUCCUGGCACGACAUCGAGAAAGACAAUGCCAAGUUCAUGAAGAAAGCCACUAAACAUUAUGAAGCCUUGGCCAACCGUGCUGCCGCCAAUGGACACAUCAUUGAUAUUUAUGCAUGCGCUUUGGAUCAGACAGGAUUACUGGAAAUGAAGUGCUGCACCAACUAUACAGGGGGUUACAUGGUCAUGGCGGACUCUUUCAACACAUCCCUAUUCAAGCAAACCUUCCAGAGAGUUUUCACUAAGGAUGUGCAGGGCUCCUUUAAGAUGGCAUUAGCAGGGACUCUUGAGAUUAAGACUUCAAGAGAGAUAAAGAUUUCUGGAGCAAUCGGCCCGUGUGUCUCCCUGAACGCCAAAGGUCCCUGUGUGUCAGAAAAUGAAAUAGGAACUGGCGGAACAAGUCAGUGGAAAAUUUGUGGACUGGAUCCAAACACCACUCUUGGAUUCUACUUUGAGGUCGUGAAUCAGCACAAUGCUCCUAUCCCACAGGGUGGACGUGGAGCCAUACAGUACGUAACGCAGUACCAGCAUUCUAGCGGGCAGAGGCGCAUCAGAGUGACCACAAUUGCAAGGAACUGGGCUGAUGCGCAGACUCAGAUCCAGAGCAUCGCUGCAUCUUUUGACCAGGAGGCCGCUGCCAUCCUCAUGGCCCGCCUGGCCGUCUAUAGGGCCGAGACGGAGGAGGGCCCGGAUGUUCUGCGCUGGCUGGACCGACAGCUCAUCCGCUUGUGCCAGAAAUUUGGAGAUUAUCAUAAAGACGAUCCCAACUCAUUCCGUUUCUCCGAGACAUUCUCGUUGUAUCCUCAGUUUAUGUUCCAUCUGAGGAGGUCUCCAUUCCUGCAAGUGUUCAACAACAGUCCUGAUGAAAGCACCUAUUACAGACACCAGUUCAUGAGACAGGACCUGACCCAGUCUCUGAUAAUGGUACAGCCCAUCCUGUAUGCGUACUCGUUCAACGGGCCGCCAGAGCCUGUGUUGCUGGACAGCAGCAGUAUCUUGCCUGACCGCAUCCUCCUCAUGGACACCUUCUUCCAGAUUGUGAUUUUCCAUGGAGAGACUGUGUCUCAGUGGCGUAAAGCCGGGUACCAGGACAUGCCUGAGUAUGAGAACUUCCGCCACCUGCUUCAGGCUCCUGUGGAUGAUGCCCAAGAGCUUCUGCACACUCGUUUCCCCAUGCCACGCUACAUCGACACAGAGCACGGCGGCAGUCAGGCUCGUUUCCUCCUCUCCAAAGUGAAUCCUUCACAGACUCACAACAACAUGUAUGCAUGGGGUCAGGAGUCUGGCGCACCCAUUCUGACAGACGACGUGAGUCUUCAGGUGUUUAUGGAUCAUCUGAAAAAGCUGGCAGUGUCCAGCGCUGCCUAAGAGCCUCCGCUCAUCAAUCUUUUUCUCAGUAACACACAGCCAGCAGGGUCACAUUGGCACUGCCCUCAGUUUUCCCCAUUUAUAUCAUGCAUAUAUUGAGCCUAGAUCUUUGCAAACAGAGAUUGAGUCAAUCGUGAAGGGAAGUGUCAUUCUUGAAUGAUUAAUUAUGACAAAAAUGGUAAACACUACAUGUUUACAUCAGGACAAGACAUUUGUUACUGUUUUAAUCAGAAUGAAUUUAUUUAGCUAUGUGAGUGAACAAGCAACAUAGUUAAAGAAAUAGUUUACACAAAAAUAACAGUUCAUUUAUUAUGUACUCACCCUCAUGCUAUUAUUUCAAACCCAUAUGCUGUUUUUUUUUGGUAGCUGUACACAAACUCAAUUUUUUGAAGAAUUAUCUACACAAAAAUAGUCCAUAUGCUUUAUUUCCAAGUCUUCUAAAGCCAUGUAAGCUUUCAGUCAUUUCAGUUUUUUUAGUCGUUAUUCACUGCCUAACCCACAUUUGUCUCCAAAAUUAAAAAAAUGGCACAUUGCAGUAGUUUGCUAUACAAAUGUACAUAUGUACCAUUUUUGAUUGUCUUAUUUGAUUACAGGAGAGUUUAAAGUACUAUUAAAGGUCAUUAAUAUCCAUUAUUCAGAAGUAAAGGUCAUUAAUAUUCACUGACCUAUGUAAUCUUAGUUAAAUUAAGCAAUAAGCCAAUGCUGUUUGUUGUUGAUUGCUUCUGCGCACCAUUUUUGAAUGCUCUAGACAUGAAUUAUCUGAAAUUUCCUUGUACAAAGCUAUUGUAUGGCUUCAUAAAACCUGGAAUGUAGUGCAAAAGUCAUAUCGAUGUGCUUUUUUCCUAUGGCAAAAACCACAACAAUUCUUCAAAAGCUAUUUGCCAGCAUAUGGGCUUGGAUCAACAUGAGGGAGAGUAAAUAAUGACUGAACAUUCAUUCUUUGGCUGAACUAUUGCUUUGAAUCUGAUGUUUACGCGUACGAAGCUCUGUGAUGAGACUUAUGUUGAACGGAGACAGGAAACUAGCUGGUUUUAGCACACCUGCAGCAGAUACUUUUGUUUGCCUAGUCGAGGAAGGUGAAAGCAGUGCCAAUGUAGCCAAUUAAGCAUGAGAGCUCGAACGCCGCCUCUAGCCAACAGCGCAGAACAAUGGCUUAUUUUUAGACCCUGUGAGCGUCUCUUGUCUCGUUGCCGUUGAUGGUUUGUGUUUCAGCAUAGGGUUGAAUGCCCCGAUCCGAACACAGACUUGCGGAAUUUGUAAGCUGCCUUUCUGUCUGUAGCUCUGAUAUUUAUGAGCCGUUUCUAGCAGUAUUGUAUGUUUUGUUUCUAAUAAAACCGGCUUCGUGAUCCCA